GAUUGUCUUAUUAGAUAGUUUUGCGGAAAAUUCGCGUUAAUUAUCAAAAAUAAACACAAUCAUGAAGUCACUAAGGAUGCUGGUUUGACUACCAUUGAUAAUUAACUCAAGCAAUGCUAUAAAGUGACGAUAUCAUGUAGUUCUUAUUGGAAAAGUGGUGGAAGAAAAUGAACUGUGUGAAAAGAGAAUGUGACGAUUUAAUCUGCCGGGGCUGCCUCAGCACGGACCGCCGGCUCUCUCCUUUAUCUAACUAUGAUCUGUUUCUUAGUUUUUUGGCCGAAAAGCAGAGGACAGAGGUGUUGAGUAAGCCGUACAUACUUAUAUGUUGGGAGUGUAACACAGUUUUGAGGAGGUUCCAACUGUUCCAAUGCCAGGUGCGGAGAGCCCAUACAGUUCUCGAAGAAUCACUGACACUUCCAACAAAAAACACAUUAUCAUGUCUCAGUAUUUACAUUAAGGAUAAGUAUGACGCUUGCUUCGAAAACAGUCAAAUUCUAGAUUUAGAAAUCCCUUCUAUAGAGUCAAUCAAAAAUGAACUACCUAGAAAUGCAGAAACAGAUGAUCAUGUCAAAGUCGAAGCUAUAAACAAUAGUGAUCUAAAUGUUCCUCCUAAAAAGAGGAAAUUAAAAAAUAAAAUAGAGAAAAAGAAAAAAGAAGCUUUAGUAACAAAUUUGAAAGAGAAAAGUAAAAAGAAAACUAAGAAAGACAAAAAUAAAUUAGAAAUUGGAGUUUUUAAUGUAAAUGAAAACAUAGAAGUAGAAGUUAAAUCAGAAAGAGUUAGCGAUGUUGAAGACAACCAAGAUACAUUUGACGAUGAUCAUGUUACAAAUGAUUCCGACUACAGUUACAAAGAUGGAAAACAUAAAAAGGAAUAUAAGAAAAGAAUCUUAACGUACAAGAGAACUAUUAUACAGUACGGUGAAGAUGUGUCAGAAUAUUUUACGGAAGUAGAAAUGAGCGAUCAAAUGAGAAGUGUUUUAGAAAAGCAAGCGGAGCUUGUGGACGACUCUAAGCCAUACAGAUGUGAGUUUUGCGGAAUCAGUUUUAGGACAAAGAAACCUUUGACUAGACAUGUUAAUCAUAGCCAUAAAAAGGAAAUGCACAAAGAGCAUAUUAAAAAGGAGCCAAGCGCCCUCUAUCGGUGUCGUUACUGCAACAGAAUGCUGCGCAAGGAACACACACAUUCUCACCUGCUCGAGAGUCACAGACGCAAAUAUCAGUGCGCGGGAUGCAGGUGGUCAAGAGCCUUCUUCUGGAGCAAAGCUGACCACUCGCACCACUGGAAGACGGUGCACGCGACGCUCGUGUGCGACAUCUGUGGGAAGACCAGGAGAAACACUCGCGACAUGGAGCGACACAUGAGAGCCAGCCACCUCCCGAUAAAAUGUCCGCAGUGUCCGCGCACGUACUCCAAAUGGAAAUACUACCGACAGCACCAGAAGAUGGCGCACCCGGUCCUAGCGCUCGAGCCGCCAGAAUCUAGGUACUGUGUGGAGUGUGAUAUGCAGUGUCCCUCCAUUAUGGCGUACAAGAUGCACGUUAUGAACCAACACCGGAGCACGCCCAAAAAGAGGUGGCCGUGCCCCGCGUGCGGUAAAACGCUCAACAAUAAAGACACGAUGAAGAAACACUACGCGCUGUUUCAUAGCGACAAGACUAGCUACCAGUGCGUACACUGCGGCAAGUAUUUAUCAUCAAAGUGCUCGCUACAGCACCACCUGAACUCGCACCUCAACAUCAAACUGCCGAAGGACAAGCUAUGCAGCAUAUGCGGCCGCGGCUUCUCGACUAAACGCAUGCUGCGCUUCCACGUGUACACGCACACGGGCGAGCGGCCGUACGCGUGCGCGCACUGCCCCGCCGCCUUCACGCAGCCCAACCCGCUGCGCGUGCACCAGCGUCGUCUGCAUCCGCACCUGCCGCCCACGCCUGCCAGACCCACGCCACACAAGGAAUAAUGUACUAUAAUAUACAUUUCUCUCCAAAAAAAUA